GUCUAUGCCCUCUUGUCUAUAUAAACCCCCUUCUAGGGGCCUUUUUUUAUCAUCAAGGACAAGCAUUAUCUAUUCAGCCAUCAAAGGUUCUAAAUUUCUAGUUUUCUUGCUUCAAAACUUUCAAGAAAAAAAUGGAAAGAAAGACAAUGCCCAGCACUAAGAAGCUCAUCAAGUUGGCAAGGAGGUGGCAAAAGUUAGCAGCCAUGCAGCGGAAGAGGAUUUCAUUUCCAAGAAAUGGUAGCGAUGCAGAGAAUUGUAGUACAUCGUCAUCCUCUAUCGCUGGAAAAGGCCAUUUUGUAGUCUACAUAAUUGAUCAAAAACGCUUUGUCAUUCCUUUGGCUUAUCUUGAAAAUGAGGUCAUUAGGCAGCUUUUAAGCAUGUCUGAAGAAGAGUUUGGGCUAUCAAGUGGUGGCCUUAUUACAUUACCGUGUGAUUCAAGCUUCAUGGACUAUAUCAUGUCACUAAUCAAGAAAGAUGUAGCAGCAGAAGAUCUUCACAACGCGUUGCUCCUCUCAAUUCCUUUAUCUUGUUGUGUAACUUCUUUUCACCAAGAACGUCGAAACCAGAACCUUCUUGUUUAUUGAGUCAUGAUAUCAUAUUCUGUAAAUGAUAGCUCAAAGUAGAUCGUAUAGCAGGUGAAAAUAGGCAACUGAAAAAUUGUACUAUUACAGAGUAGAGCUUUCUUGUAUUAUUACAGACAGAGUAGAGCUUUUUCUUGAAAUGAACCAGACUUA